UGCGCCUCUUCGUUCCACAUUACGGUACUGGUGCGUGACUUCCGGUGCGUUACGGUAGAGGAUAAGGAAGCCCCCGCCCGCACGCACGCACGCAUGCACGCACGCGCCUCCUCGUGAAUAGUCCCGCAUUGAUCCGGAGCUGUGCGGAGCGCGCGCCAUGCGGUGUGUGUGGGGGGCGUGUCUGCUCGUCUCCGUCCUCUCGGCCGCAGGAAGUGAUGUCACCGAUAAGGACCGCCUCCCGAACUUCGUCCUGAUGAUGGCGGACGACCUCGGCAUCGGGGACGUCGGUUGCUACGGUAACGACACCAUCAGGACUCCUCACAUUGACAGAUUGGCGUCUGAGGGGGUCAAACUGACCCAGCACCUGUCUGCUGCCCCCUUGUGCACGCCGAGCCGCACCGCCUUCCUCACGGGACGCUACGCCCUGCGCUCAGGUCUGGGCAGUGAUGGUCGUGUGCAGGUCUUGUUGUUCCUCGGAGGUUCUGGAGGUCUCCCUCCGUCUGAAAUCACCUUCGCCAAGAGACUCCAGGCUCAGGGCUACAGCACAGGCCUCGUGGGUAAGUGGCACCAGGGCGUGAGCUGCGAGCGUCGUGACGAUCACUGUCACCACCCGAACCUUCACGGCUUCUCGUCGUUUUACGGUUUGCCCUUCACCCUGUUCUCCGACUGUGUGCCCGGAAACGGCAGCAACGUCCUGCUCGACCUGCAGGGGGCGCUCUGCAGCCUCACCCUGCUGCUGGGGCUGGGGCUCGCCACGCUGGUGUGUGUGCGCUGGUGCGGCCUGUUGGACCUCAGCUCGUCCUUCCUCCUGUCUCUGCUGCUCGUCUUCGUGGUCCUGGCGUCGGUGUGGUUGGUUCCGUUCGGGUUCUUGCGCAGGUGGAACUGUGUCCUGAUGAGGGACGGGGAGGUGGUGGAGCAGCCCCUCAGGACGGAGACUGUUCCCCGGCGGCUCCUCGCGGAGGCCCAGGACUUCAUCCACAGAAACAAAGAGCGUCCGUUCCUGCUGUUCUUCUCCCUGCUCCACGUGCACACGCCGCUCUUCACAAACCCCCAGUUCGCGGGGAAGAGCGUCCACGGUCUGUACGGGGACAACCUGGAGGAGAUGGACUGGAUCGUCGGUCAGGUGACGGAGACGGUGGACUCUCUGGGCCUGUCCAACCGCACCCUGAUGUACUUCACCUCGGACCACGGAGGACACCUGGAGGACCGGGACCACGCGGGGCAGAACGGAGGAUGGAACGGCAUUUACAAAGGUGGGAAGGCGAUGGGCGGCUGGGAGGGGGGGAUCCGGGUGCCGGGGAUAUUCCGCUGGCCCGGCAGGUUACCCCCCGGCAGACAGGUGCACGAGCCCACCAGCCUCAUGGACCUGUACCCCACCCUCAAGCACCUGGCCCGGGACACCCGACCUGACAGGCCUCUGGACGGACACAACCUGAUGCCGCUGCUGGAGGGAACGGCCCACAGGUCCCAGCACGAGUUCAUGUUCCACUACUGCGGAGUUCACCUCAACGCCGUCCGCUGGCACCCGCCCGGAAGUGACUCCAUCUUCAAAGCUCACCUGUUCACCCCGAACUUCUCCCCAGAGGGCGCUGUGGGCUGCUACCACACUCGGGUCUGCAUGUGCCACGGCGAGCACGUGACCCCGCAGACUCCGCCCCUCCUGUACGACCUGAGCCGCGACCCGUCCGAGUCCGUCCCGCUGAGCCCGCAGACGGAGCCGCGGUACCACGAGGUGCUGCGGCGGGUGGACGAGGCCGUGCGGAGACACAGGCGCUCGCUGGAGGGGCAGGUCCACUCCGACGGACCCUCCGCUCAGAUGUCCUGGUCCCGGGUCCUCUGGAGGCCCUGGCUCCAGCCGUGCUGCGGGACGUUCCCCUUCUGCGGCUGCGAGGAGGAAGAGACCGGACUGUAGACGCCACAUCCUCCUAAAGACAAAAAGACAAAAAGUUUAUUCCAAUUCUGUAUAUAAAUAUUUUUGGUGAUUUUCUGUCUAUUUGAAGGUAAAUGAGCACCUUAGUGUUUAUAUUUUAUUCAUUUAAUUUAGAUUUAUUCUUUUAGAGCAUGUCCUCUGUACUGGAGUUAAAUCUGUGUGAAGUUAAAUGAACAAUAACACUUUUUUGAUGAGCAACGUUUAAAUAUUGAACAGCAGAAACCUCAGAGCCUCGGGGAUAAACAGAAUUUGUUUGCAGCUCUGUUCCUGUUGUUGAUUUAUAAACAGUGUUGUGGAGUAACAGAUUACAUGUACUGGAGUUAUGUAAUCAGAGUACAAAUGAUGAGUAACUGUAUUCAGUUACAGUUACUGUUUCAGUGAGUGGGAAUUGGAUUACAGUUACUUUGUUGAAAUAAAUGGAUUACACAGAGGGAUUUAACUGUUUUCACAUUUUGGGCUAAACCAUUUUUUUUGUUUUGUUUUGUUUGGUAAUUCCACUCACUGCCAGAAACUAAACCAGGUCUAAACCCAGGUCCAAACCAGUUCUAAACCAGGUCUAAACUAGGUCUAAAACAGGAUUUAAUAGGUCUAAAACCAGGUCUAAACCCAGGUCCAAACCAGGUCUAAACCAGGUCUAAACCAGGUCUAAACCAGGUCUAAACCAGGUCUAAACCAGGUCUAAACCAGGUCUAAACCAGGUCUAAACCAGGUCCAAACCAGGACUAAACCAGGACUAAACCAGGACUAAAACCAUUUAUUAACCAGGUCCAAACCAGGUCUAAAACCAGGACUAAACCAGGAUUUAACAGGACUAAAUCCUGCUGUGUGGACGUGUUUCUUUGUUUUCUAUAAAUAAUAUUUUUAAUUUG